AUGUCUAACAAUCUAGUUCUCAAACUCCGUACCAGAACCCAGACCAUGCGAGUUAGGGUUGACUCCGAGAAACUGACCGAUAUGUACCAGAUCAAAGACUAUAUUGAGCAGUCUUGGACUCAGUUGAAGGGCAAAGACUACCGUGUCUAUUAUGUAGAUGAGUUCGGAGAGAUGUGCCUCCUGAAUGAUCUGUCUUUGGGUGAUGCUAUUGCAACGGUACAAGAGCUCAAUAUGUCGGCUAAGAAUAUCCCUGUGUUGGAUUUGUUCAUCCAGGCUGAAGGGGAAGAGGUUCCGCUAUCAUCAAAAAGUCAGUCAGACGAUGAUGGUGAGAUUGCUCGAGAAGUUGAUGUUGCUAAUACUCUAGCUCAAGUGUUGGACGAUAUGGACUACAUGGACAGUCUCGAUGUUGCUGAGCAGUUUGUUGAGGGUUUGGUAGCAGCUGAUUCUGACUUGGAUGCUAUCUUGGAUCAGCUACAGGCUGAUGAUGCUGAGAACUCGCGCAAGCCAGUUUCGUCUACUACUCCUGCUAAGAAGAUUGGUGUUUCUGGGAAGAAGUCGUCGAAGGUGGCGCAGCAAGCACCUAAGGCCGUUGAUAGAGAGACCGCCUCUAUCGGCAAGACCAAAGCUAAGGAGGUUGCUCCUUCUGGAAAGAAGUCGUCGAAAAUAGUGCAGCACACGCCUAAGGUUGCCCCUAGGACCACUCCUAGCAGCAGCAAGGUCGAAGUUAAUGGUUAUCAGCAAGUGAAUGGUGAAGCUCCUAGACAGUUCCAUGUUGAGAAACAGGUGUCUUCGCCUGAGGAGGCCUCUGAUAUGAUGGUAGACUUGCUCACUAAAAUGGGUUUUGUGGAUAACAAGAAGGCGGCCGAGGAUCUCGUUGGAGAACUCCUCAACUCCCCUGAUGAUCUUCAGAGAGUUGCUGAUCACAUCGACGACCUAAUUGAAGGUAGAGAGCCACUUGCUACUGACAGCUUGGACGACACUGCCAAGAAGCUCAUCGAUAUGUUGGACGACUCCGGUGUGGUUCAGGACAGAGUUGCCGCUGAGAAUCUAGUCAAUGUUUUGAUGGAUGCAGGGCAAGAUGUCGAUAAGGUCCUUAGCGACUUCGUGGACCGCACAACGACUGGUAAGCGGCAGCAGGUGGCGGUUCAGCAACAAUAG